UGGCCUCCAGCUCCGGCCCCUCCCCAGCCACCCACUGCCCACCUGUCAGGGUGCCAUGGACCUGCCAUCGUUCGACAUGUGGAGGGACUACUUCAACCUCAGCAAGGUGGUGCUGGCGCUGAUCCAGAGCCGGAGCCAAAGGCUGGAGGUUGAGGAGACUGAGGAGACCGAGGGGCCCAGAUCUAGGUCCCUGCUGGAGCGCGGUCUGGAGCCGGGGGCCACCUUAUGCAACUUCUGCAAGCACAACGGGGAGUCCCGCCAUGUCUACGCCUCACACCAGCUGAAGACCCCGGAGGGUGUGGUGCUGUGUCCCAUCCUGAGGCACUAUGUGUGUCCCCUGUGCGGGGCCACUGGUGGCCAGGCCCACACGCUCAAGUACUGCCCACUCAACGGCAACCAGCAAUCCCUCUACCGCCGCAGUGGACGCAACUCGGCUGGCCGUAAGGUCAAGCACUGAGGACUGUGAGGUGCCCACCACCGGCACCCCUAGCCCUCCUGGUUCAGUCCCUUCUAAGUCCCUAAACCCUCCCCUCCGUUUCUCCAGCUCUUUGGGACUCCUGGUCCCCAGAGCUCCCUCCCUGCUGGAUCCUGAAACACUAGAGGUUGCUGGCAGCCGAGCCAGCCUGUCCUGGGGUUCUCCCAGUGCAGCGAGAGCCCUGUGCUGGGGACUGCACACACCGGUGGCUUCCUCUGGGCCACACAGUUCAUGGAGCUUCAGUUCUCCUGAGCCUGCUGGUGACCCUGCCCUGUCCCCUCGACUUCUCAGACUGGGCUCCAUCUCUCCAGGCGUCUUGGGCUUCUCGACCCUAUGGGACACCAGUGUGCUCUGCCAGGCCACCCCGAGAGCCGAGAGAUGAACAUGGCUGGCUCAGAUCGUCCAGCCCGAGACCAUGAAGAUGGGCUACCAGUUGGAGACCAUCCAUCUCCUCCUCCUUCAGCACCUGCAGACCCACGGCUUCCGCAUGGGCCACACUGGUCACUCCUGCUCCAUCGGGAGCUGGGGGAGACAAGGAGACUUACCCAGGGGGCGUGCAGUGUCUUCACAAGCGUAUCCGCAAGUACAGAACCCUGCUCGCUUGCUUGGGUGAGCUGACGCCCUUCCUCUCCCCCUAGUUGUGCUUUGCAUUCUUUAGUCCAUUUCAUUUCACUCCUGUCCCCAGCCCCAGAUCACCCAUGGGUCCUUCUCCCCCAGUGAGAGAUGCGUCUCUCCACCACCUCCCAUCCAGAUCCUGACAGGUGGCUGUGUUUUUCAUCCUCUAGCGGUUAAAUAAACAAAGCUCCCACUGGAAAGGGGUUGAAGUACCCAGGUGGG